GUUCCGUACUCACUUUUUUUUCUGUCUGUCCUUGAAUUUCCGUGUUAUCGGGAUUUCAUUUUACACCUAGCUAUGCUAGUUUCUGGCAUUUUUUAAAGUCAUGCAACCGUUAGUUUUUCAGAGAUUGGCUGAGAAUUAAAAAAAAUAAAAAAUAAAUUUCUUCGGUUAUUUUUAUAUUUAUCGAUUUUGUUGUGUGUAAUUCCAGACUUGAAUUGUGGGGCCGAGCUGAUUGCAUACUACGUGGCGAGAAGAGUCUACCGAAACCUAAUGGGCUAAUCUGACUUUCCACUGGUAAAGGUUGAAACUAAUCCAGAGCAUCCAACACUUGUCCAAGAUGACAAAACAUAAAAAUACUCAAAUCUCGUUUUUGUUAAAUGAAGACGGAAGGGUGCCUUUGACAGUAUCACAGACUAACUCUAAACAGAACCAGGUUUCUAUCCUAAAAAAGACUGCUAAUCAUAACCCAGCAGUUGCAAAACCUGCAGCAAAGUCCAGAGUCUUGAAAAGCGGUGGAACUGUUUCUGAAGAGUCUUCGUCAAGUUGUGCAGCAGGAUCCAAAGUGUUGCAAAAAGUGUGUCUCGGUAUCAGAACUAGUUCUACAACUGCAGAUGGUUCUGGAUGCAGUAAGGUGAAAUCCAGUGCCGUCAAAGCAUUGCCUAAGACCAAGAUGACGUGCUUAGCCUCUGCUAGAAUCCCUGAACAACCAGUUAAACCUACAAGUACAGCUAGUUCUGCCAAGACUGGGCCUGAUGAGAAGUUGGUUGGCGUAAACACCAAAGUGCGUCCCCACCAGAGAAAUGUACCACUUUCUACCCAACUGAGCACCAUAUCUGAAAAUGAGAAGCUCCUGAAAGAGCCCUCCAACCUACCUGUAAGCGGAGCGACGCAAAGCAGAAGCCUUCCUAAAAUCGGCUUAAGUCAGCUGAUCAUUGUGUCAUGUCAAGAAAAACAGCAAGUCUAUUGUCAGCUGUGUUCAGUCAGGCUGAGAACAUCCACUCACUCCACCAGCUUCACACACUGCUGUAACUAUGUGAAAAUGAAGUAUCCAGGAUGGACUGCAAAUUUAUCAGAGAUUGGGGACAAAUUCAAAGACAUUGUGGCCCAUUUAGCUGAGAUUGAGAAAAGCAUAGGAUCACAGAAGCCACAGAGGACAGAAGUGAAGAAGGCGUUCUACCUAAAGCUUGCUGCUCUUUCAGAAAAAGAAGCUAUUGAGGAACUAAAAACAAUUGAGCGACAAGACCCCCGAAACUCAUCCUCUGUAUCUGAACCUGUGCAAACGUACCGACAGGAAGCUCAAAGUCCAUGUGAAGUUUCAAGCUCAAAUGAUGGUGAAGAUUGUAAAGCCGGUACUCUGACUCGGGACCAUCUCCAGACAUCUGCAAGUUGCAUCAAAAUGGAUCAAAAUCAUGUUCCAAGCAGCGAAACUAAAGAUGCUGCUGAAACUGCUAAACAAAAUCCAUUUAUGCCAGCUAUUGAUGCUCAGCCUCAAAGUCUCAUAAGUAGUUCCAGAGUGAGAGUGGACUCUAUUUUCCCACCAGAAAGAAAACUUUCAAAGAGUCUGUCGCCCGCACAAGAUGCACCAAAAGCUGGUAACUGUCGACCAAAAGUUGAGAUGUGCAGCCCCAAGAAACGAGCAGAGUCGGUGCAAAUAAAAAGGACUGGACUGGGCCACAAAGUGAGAGAAGCUCCAAUGCAUGACGGACCACCUAGAGGACAUGAUGAAUUACCACCACCACCACCCAUAACUUGCUUUGGGAGAAAAGCUUCAGGCUGCAGUAAUUUAGUCCUUUUCUUGCACGCAAGACAAGUGGACACUAAACAAGUCAUUGGUAUGGAGUUUCUGUGGGAGUGCAGAGGGAUUUGUCUGGACACUUUCUAUCUGUGUGAAAGCUGUGAGGAAACCGUCUCAAACCGUGACAUCUGUCAACAUGUGACCAGUCGCGAUCACCAACUCGAAUACAUGUGGAAAAAGCACCCUGAGUUUCUGAAGAUAUUCUGGCAGGAGGAAGACUUGCCUCAAGCCUUGAAAAUCAACAUUUUGCAAGAAGUUAUCUGGAGGCUGGCAGAGCGUGACAGUUUCCAAAAAAAUGAUGCAAAGUGCAUAAUACUUCAACAAAAAUUGCAUCAGUUUGUCAGGAUGACUCACUUCAGUGAAGCUUUAAAAAUUGUGCAGAGCAUCCUUAAUGAAGAGAAAACAACCGUCCAUCUGCCCCUCAGUGCUGCAUGCCAGUGGAAUGAAGAAAUUACAAAAAGCACAGUUUUGGAAGAAAUGUCCAAUGUUGGAACAUCAGAUGUAAUAACAAAAACGGACUUCAGUCCUGUGGAUAUGAACUCCUCUUCAUCAAACACUGAUUUGGUUAGCUCUGGUGUCCCUAAUCGAAGCGUAGAAGAUGCCAAACCCAAUCCUUUUCAAAAGCCAGUGUCAUCAGCUCUUGCUUUGCCUCAGAGCUCUGAUCAGAAACUAGUUCCAGAAGAAACAUCUUGCACAGCUUUCGGAACAAAACUGAACGUAUCAGUCAGUGGCCCAACUAAAAAAAGACCAGCCAGCUCAUCGAUGGACCCCCUGCCAGCUAAACGUAUGCUCAUCAUGCAGAAGAUCAAGUGUGAGCCUGCUUCUCCAAAUUCAACGUCUCCUCCAGUCAACCUUCCUGCAGGCCCUUCUCUGCUUGGUAUCAAAGAUGAAGACUCUGGACCUAAGCAUCUUCAAUCCACUGUGGAUCAGGAUUUGUUUUCAAAACUAACUUCUCAUUUGAAACGGAUCACCUCCAAGUUGACUAAGGAUAAUAUUAAAACCAUUAACUCCUGUCCAACCAGUUCUCCUGCAAUUCCUCAAACUAGGUGGGAUGCAAAAAUUGAUAACUCUGGAAGUGUGUCGUACGACUGGGACUCAAAGUGUUGCCUGAUUCAAGCUCCAGUGAGGAAGAAUCCACCUACCAACUUGUUAGACGGGACUAAGAUGGUGACAUCUGAUUUGGAGUGCAAGAAGGAACUUGUCACCGUAGGUCUCGACUCUGCUCCUAAAAUCGUCUCGUCCUCUGAAAGCCUACAGCGGAUCGUUGCAGAUGAUGUGACUGAAGACAAGCCUGUCACUACUCUAGCUCCUACUGCUGACCUCUUUAAACUACAGGAUCAGCAAUUCUGUAAAAAUGAAAGUAGACUUCCAUUUGGUUGUGCCACUACCAACCCUAACUCGGGGCAAACACUGAAGCCAAAAUGUGACCCAGAACCUGACGGGAAUGCGAUUGGUCCAUUACUUAACACUACUGGAGCUGACCAGCCAGACCCCAUAAAGCGCAUGUUUCAGUCCAGCUACACUGAACAGGCCAAUACUGACAUUAACAUAAACAAUCAAAUCGGCUUCCACAUUGAUCCACCACUAAGACCCACUUUCACGGUGGCGGGUUCAGGAGGCUGUGAUCCACACGGCCAAAUGGGCGAUUCAGGUUAUCCUUCCUAUCGGGCUGGUCAAAAACAUGUGGCUGCUUCAUUUAGCACUGAAGGCUCACAUCUACCGUUCAUCUAUUCAAGCCUGAUCUACCCACAGCAGAUGGUGAACCCCUUCAGUCUUACUCCUUUCAGAUAUCAUUUGACACCCCAAUUACCUCCAGGAACGGGGUCUUUCAACACGCCGUACUACCCAUGGAUGGCAGGGGUGAGAAUGUGAUCCAUGAAUCUUCUCUGGACUUGUAUUCAUAGUUUUUUUUUUUUUUUUUUUUUUUGUUUUUUGUUUUUUUCUUUCUGCCUGCUUGCAUUUUGGUCCUACAAUUUUACAUACGUUAUUCUUGUGAAGUGAUUUGUUUGCAAGCCGUUAUGUUUUCCAUGUUAAAAUAUAAAAGGGACUUGAUUGGUUUGUUUUUAAUCAAAUUCUACAUUGCAUGGAUUUUAGAUAUGGAACUGUUUCUGAAUGCAAGUUUAGUUUUUAGUAAAAAUGUUUAAAAAAAUGCCAAAUGUAGUCUAAUUCACACAAAUUGUUCAAAUGCCUUUGGACUGUGAGUUGGAGUACAGAUUUGCUAAUGAUUGUCUACUAGAUGUGCUAGUUGGACCCCAUUAGCAUUAUCUUAGUUUUAAAGUUUUUAUUGUUCCAUUGUUAUAACAUGGUAAUACAACUUUGCUAUUUUUUGUUGGCCUAAAGAUGUUCAUCCUUUAAAUGAGCCGUCUAUAGUGUCUUGCAAGAUGUGACUACACAAUUAAAAAACUACACUUAUAAAAAGGUAAAUACAUAUACUUAGUUGUACUUGUAUACCUGGCAUGCAUAGAAGGAUAUUUGUAAUUGGUAAUUUAUUUCUUCAAUUCUUGUAAAGAAAUCUGUUGUUGGAAAACCUGUUUCAAAUUAAAAGUUCUCACAAGUGUGAAUAAAGUUUUGUUGAGAAUGUAGGUUGCUCCUAUGAAAACUAAACCGAAUCCUCUCUGAUCCUGGUAAACUCUGAUUUUGCUAUCAA